CACUGACUUUUGUCGAAAAUUAGGAAGCAGAAAAAACCUGAUAUUUGAUGCUCCUCAUCAUGUUUACUUCCUCACAUCACCUUACCCUUGCUAUGUCUCUGCUCGCUGGAGCCUGGUCAGCUCGUACGACUCUCGCAGUCACCUGUCAUCGUGACCAAUUAGUUGAUAUGAAACAGUGCGCUCAAGCCCUCGCAAGUAUAGUGUAUGAUAAACCGGAGAACACUCUCGAUAGAGUCUCGACCAAGUUCUCGAAGCUUUCGGGAAAUUGUACCAUAACCGUCGUCAAUUACAACAAGGAAGUAGUAACCAAGCAGCAAAUUGAGGCUGCUUACAAGAGUAUCUCCGGCCAAUGCUCACCCAAUUCGGGUUCAGCUCCAUUAUUCAAUACAGUUUUACUAGAAACCCAAAACUAUGUCCCCAAUACCGGUUUUUAUCUUCCUCACCCUUUGACCUGUGGUCUUGACGGUAACAGACCAUUGACUGUCGACAAGGAUUGUCAAGAUGCGUACAACAGUAUCCCGGUCGAUCGUCAAGGUCGAUUGUUGGGUGAUAAGGGUCAACCGGCGCCUUCCACAGUGAAGACAUCAAAAACCUGCACGGUGGCCAUCUUCACGACCGAUGAAUCCCCACUGAUCGCGAAAAAGACCGAGAUUGACCGCGUAGUUUCGAAGUCCAUCAAAGAAUGUAAAGGCAAGUCGGGCUUGACGGUUUUAGCGCAGGGAGGAAGUGGUAACAAUGGUCUCACUAUGGUCACAGUUAAAAGUAGCCAACCUUUUGGUGGUUGAAUUGCUUCUGAGUGACAAUUUUGUGUUACCUGCAGGCUUAUCAACAUGUACUCAAAUAGAAUUUAAAGAUAUCCUUUGACAGUUCAACUCUUUAUAUCAGCAGAUCUUCAGCAGAAAUUUACUGAAAAUUUGUUUCAUUACUCAUGUUUAAUUUUGCGUCAGCUGCCUUCUUUAUCCAGAAACUGGAUGAUACUUGAACUCAUGAACAAAAUAAAUGUGAUUGAAAUUGUGGACCAAUUG